AUGUAUCGAUCGAUUUGCUCUCAAAUGUUGUGCUUGAAAUGGUUCAAAUCACCACCGGAAGAAGUUUCGAUAAUGGAUAUGCCAGAUUUAGUGAUGAGAAAGAUUUUGGGCAAUGUCGACUUUUUAACCAUCAUGAAACUCCGAAAAGUGUGUCACGCAUUCCGAAACUUUAUCGACGAUACAAAACUGGAUUAUGGGUUUAAUCGAGUGUGUUUCGUGUUUCGACCAUCUUUAAUCCGUGUGGUAAUUUAUCGGUCCAAUCCAAUGGUAUCAAGUAAUACCGAUCCCAUCACAUUAAACUAUGCCAAUCGCAUCAUUUUAAAUUACGCGAAAUACGCGACGAGUAGUUUGGUGAAUAUAACUGGAUGGGAUAGAGUAAAGUUUCUAGAAGAGGAAGAUUUUUUGGAUGUGUUUUCAAGAGAUUUCAAAGUAAUCUUGAGAAACCAACGACUGGGUUCGAUGAAAUUGGAAAUAGAGGAGAACCAAGACUACGACCUUCUUGAUUCACUGUUUUACAAGGAGUUUUUGAAAGGAAACUUCACAUUUAUCAGUAAUAAGAAAUAUGGGUGGUGGUCUUGUCGUCGGAACAGAUUAAAAUCUCAAUGGGAAUUUGUGGAUCAUUUGCGUGAUGUCAACGGCGAACCUCUUUUGAAACCAUCUGUCGACCAGUUCUAUGAUUGUUUCAAAACUGUUCUGAAAUCAAGAGGCAACCUCAUUCGAAUAGAAGAAUUGUAUAUAGAAAUUAUGGAAUCCUAUCAUUUUAUGGAUAUCGCUCGUUUCAUUGAUAUGAAACACAUGAAAUGCCUAGAUAUAGUCCGUCUGGAUCAAUCUGGUUUCAAAAAAGAACAGCAGUUUCUCGACGAAAUUGUAGAAUUGGAUGGCUGGGAGUGCAUUCAAGAAUUGACAAUCAGUAAUUUCCAUGUCACUAUACCGCUUGAAAGAUUUCUACACAAAUCACACUUGAACAUUCAAAUUCCAACAAUUUCCAUGGAAGAUGUCCUUCUCCUGAAGAUGAGACUACUCACUUCUCCAGUUUUCGAGGAUUACACAAUUUAUUCUGACGAUCUGAAAGACAUGGACCGGUUAAUCUCUGUUCUAGGACGUUUUCAAGUUGACGACGAUCAAGAGAAACAUUGGUAUUACCGUAUUCCGGACACAAAACAAGUACUCGAUAUCGGCCAUGCACAUGAUUAUAAUCAUACUUACUUUUCUUUUUUCCGGUCGGAAAUUAGCGAUGUUCCUAAAAAUGCAAUAAUUUAUUGA